UUUUUCUACCUCACGUUGACUCGGAGGCUGGUACUAUGUAAUAGUACUUCCGGACUCUGGAUGUAAUGCCUGGUCGGGACCUCGUGUCAGUCGCUUCUAUCAGCCAAUUUGUGGUCUUUAACUUGUCUUGCAUGUGCUGUGACUUACGAAAAAAUUCCUCGACCGAUCAUGCGAGGACCUUUUGAGACUCUCUGCAUCUCGGAAAUUCUCGCAGUUAUCCUUGAUGGUUUGCAAGGCGACAAGAAGUCGUUAUACCACAUGUCUUGCUGUUGUCGUGCAUUUACAGAUCCUGCCCUCGAUGUCCUCUGGAGAUCUAUGCACUCCUUUGCGCCAUUCCAUUCGUUGAUUCCACAAAGCGCGUCAUUUGCGAAUGACUCCCGGACGACAGACUGCGAUCUCCUAAAGUAUCGCCCAUCGAACGACUGGAAAACGUUCGACAAAUACGCUGCACGAGUACGGAGUUUGUGCAUAGGAGACUACAUCAAUAACAGCGUAGACCUCGUAAAAAACCAGGAUUGUUAUACACGUCUCACAGUCAUUCGAGGACAGGAUGGAUGUCAUCCUUUCCCAAAAUUACGAAGUCUGUCCUAUAUCCUCUACGAGCCAAUUUCCCCGCAAGCGAAGCCAUUUCCCCCCUCCCUGCGAUCUCUCACUCUCGUGUGUCGCGACGCGAUUGAUUGUGACCCUAUUGAAUUGGUACUUGACCGCGCUGUCGCUGAAACACCGCAUCUAAAGGAACUGCGCAUUAUUGGUCUCAUGCGGACAAUGAGAACGUUGCACUCAACACUCCAUCUUCAUUUCGGGCAGAUCGAGAGCCUCGAUCUAAGCAAAGCUUAUAUUCGUGCCCCCGAGCUUGCAACUCUUUGCACGCUAUUGUCCCAGGUACCUAUCUCAGACCUCAAAAUCCACCUCCAAGAUCGCUUGAACAUGGAUUGGCAAGCCAUUCCUCCGAUGUUCCCUGCAUUGAAGCAGUUGGAUGUUCGUGGAUCAAUGUCUUCCGUCACCCUCUUCAUGUCACGUCUUGCAGCAACAAACCUACAUACGCUGGUUUUUCAGCCAGACGGGUAUUUUCAGGGUGUCGUGACCGUCUUUGAUUACCUCAUACCUAUCAUCGUUGAGACGUUCGGAAAGUCGCUGAAAUCGCUUGAUCUUCAUAUCAAUGGACCUAGGCCUCGUGCCCAGGAUAGCGACGUUAUCAAGAGUAUUUUUCAGGGGCUUGAGCCUCUUUUGGAAGCAGGCUUGCAAUCACUGCGCCUGUUUUUGCAAGUAGGCUCCACAAUACCAGUGCAAUUCCCUCCGGAAGUGCAGUCCAUGCUUGAGCCCUCCGCUUGGCCUUCCUUAAAGCACUUUCACUUUGCGACAAAGGAGUAACAAUACGCAGUGUUCUUCCUUGAUAUAAGCAAUCGAUCAGGUUAUACACCAGCAUGGUUAGUUUUUUGGUCCCUGUCUAAGGAUGGGGUGGUCUAGGAGCUAUUUACAUAACUUUAGCAGGGCUGAUUUUAAUUUUUUUUUACCCCAACUUGUACAUAACUUAAGUACUACACACUGUUACGUCAGCAUCCGGAAAUAAUAUACAAUUUAGAUAGG